CCCCGCUCCAAAAUCACGACCAGAAUAUCUUUAGGCUCUUGUUUAUCAAAAAAGUAUUCAGUCAACUUCGUACAAGUCAUGCACUCACAAUUUAGAUGAACCAGCCCGAGAAGCCAAAGAAGAGGAUGGGUUUCAAAAGACUCUCCGAGGUGUUGCUGGUCGUACAGGACCCUGAAGGAUCUUAUCUAAAGCUCUGUUCUGCUCUGGCCAGGCCAGCGAGAUCUCCCCGACGGAGAUCUUCGGCACCACACCACGCCACAGAGCAAACGAAGGCAAUAGUUGCCGACGAAGGGCAGGCUCCGAGACGAGGACUAUUAACGAAUCAUCUCCGAAGAAGUCUCCGCGGGCUGGGCGUCCAGUUUUCCGCUCUUGGCGAGGUCUUGGCUGAUUGUUACAGGGUCAGAUAAGCUGUAGGAUACGAAGAUGGGAUGCGACCCGGUUGUGGUGCGGGUGACUGGGUGCAUGGCGGAUGUCAAAUGCGGGGUCAUAAAGAGUGGACAGUUCCCAUAUCCAUCAAUCCAUACUGGUUCUGCAGUCUCAAGCAGUCAUACCGAGCUAUCAUCACCAUGUUUCUCCAACUCCCUCUUGCUCUCCUUUCCGGGGCCCUCGUAGGCUCUGUCUCUGCGGAGACAAUUCUUGGCGUAACUGUGUACUCUCGCCAUGGAGAUCGUAAGUACCCUCUAACUCCUUUCGCCGCGUUACACGCUGACGAUACUAGGCACCUCGAAACACUACAAGGGGUACAUGCUCACAAACCUCGGCCUACAGCAGAACUUCCAAGUUGGCUCAGACUACCGAGACCUGUACGUUUCGUCAGACUCGGCAAAGCAGAUUCUCGGAAUCUCCGAGGAGAAAUACGUCCCUGCUCAGGUCUUUGCAUCUGCACCCGACGAAGCUGUGCUUCUCAACACGGCCACCGCAUUCCUCCAGGGUCUCUAUCCACCUCUCGAGAGUCUAGAUGAGCAGACUGCCUCACAGACCCUGAACAAUGGAAGCACGUACAUCAACCCCCUGAACGGAUAUCAGUAUGUUGUCCUUCACGGCGAGGAGGAAGAAAGCCCCGAUACGAUCUGGAUCAAGGGCGACGACGAGUGUCCUGCUAUUUCUGUUCUCGCCGAGAACUUCGCCGAAAGCGCCGUGUACCAGGACCGGGUUGAGUCGACGCGUUCGUUCUACCAGCAGUUCUGGCCGAUCCUCCAGGACGUGUUCGACUAUACCACCGAGGCAAACAUGUCGUACAAGAACGCAUUUGACAUCUUCGAUCUGAUCAACACCGGCACAAUCCACAAUGCCUCGCUCGAAGAUGCUGUUACCGAGGAAGAGAUGUUCCAGCUCCGCACGCUGGCCGACAGCCACGAGUUUGACUCGAACUUUAACGCCUCUCAGCCUGAGAUGGCCAUUGGUGCACGGACCCUGUCGCAGGCAAUUCUUUCGCACCUCAACGAGACGAUAACCUCGCAGGGAAAGACCAAGUUCUCGUUCCUAGCUGGUAGCUACGACACCAUGAUGGCGUUUGCAGGUCUGCUGGACUUAACGGCGGCCUCGGCAGAUUUCUUCGGUCUCCCGGUAUAUGCAUCGACCAUGGCGUUUGAGCUUCUCACCGAGGGCAAUGUGACCGAGUUUCCUAGUGAGACCGACGACCUCAAAGUCCGCUUUCUGUUCAGGAAUGGCUCGGAUGGCGGUGCACCGCUUACGGCGUUCCCACUGUUCGGUGGGGAGCAGGUGACGCUCUCCUGGUCCGAGUUUGCCACGAAAAUGCAGGAUAGGGCGAUCGCAACUGUUGCGGAAUGGUGUGAAAUCUGCGGGAGUGAGCAGGGCUUCUGCACUGCGGAAACAGCGAGCGAGGCUGACGCUUCUGCUAAAGGAAAGAGUGGAGGAGGAAUGUCGAAUGCCGUUGCCGGGGUGAUUGGGGCAUUCGUGACACUCGGCGUCGUUGGUAUUGUAGCAGGAUUGGCUUUUGUCAUGCUCAAAAAGAGACGCACUGCUGCUCCAGUGCGGGAAAUUGGGACUGCGGAGAAGGGCACUGGUAGCAUCAGCAGCUGAUUGCUUACGGUUCUGCAAGUUUGAAGGAAUCCGACUGUAGUAAAAAUCGAGUUAAGCCAAUACAUAUUGUUCACAGCUCUCAUUGAUCGAGUCGUUCAGCUCACAGGCGGCAUUAACUCC